AUGAGUUUCAGCCCAACCUAUGGUACACCAUCGAAAAUUAUCGAUUCACCAAAAGCCAGAUCAAUCACAACUAUCAAAGGAAGAGACUUAGCAUGGAGGUAUUUACUCAAGGCACUUCCAAAACACCAUGGGGAGAAUUGCCACUCAUGUAAAGAAGAAGAGUCGUCUAUGCACAUCUUCUUCGAAUGCAAAUCAAUAAAACAGGAUAUCGACUCAAUCUAUCAAAAGGUCUGUAAAGACUAUAACAACAUUUACCACGGUCCAUGGAGCGAAAAAGUUCUCGGAAAAUUACUCACACCAUUCUCAUCAAAUCUGAUAGGAGCCAUUAUGGAAUCGAUAUGGUGUACUGGUUUAUUGAAGUUAAUAUAUAAUUAA